GCGUCGCGCCGAGGAAUCAGCGCACAUUUCACGUCGCUCGAGCCAUUACACGCCACAAACAGCACACACAUUGCACGACCGUCGUCAAGUCCCGCCAGGGCGGCGGUUUAAUUGAAAUACCUCAUGGGGGUGUCGUGGGAGAGACGUUGUAGCCAAUGCCCACGGAGCGAAUAGCCACUGUGACGGCGGGCUCGGCUGUCUCACGAUCGACCAAAGAAGCACGUGUUGGCCGCCCAGCGUCGAUGAGCGCCGCCGCUGUCCACGCCGACGAGUAUUCUGCGGAAGAGGCGAGGCUACUGAAUGUGUACGUGAGUACGUUUACGGUGGCUGGAGUCGUGGUGGGCAUUCUCCUGGUUGUCGGCGCCAUGCGAAUGCGCGAGCGAAACAAGCGCGCCAAGCACAGGCGACUCGCGAGUCGACCGUCGUCAGCACUGUCAAGUGAAGAGGGUCCAGACCAAGCAACUCCUGUUGCGGCGACGUCGAUGAAUGGAAUGGAGGAUCUCGAUGCUCCAGCAGCCGCGCUGGCAAUACAGUCGUCGACGGGCACCGUCAUCGACGACAACAGUGUGGCGAUCUUGUAGGACUAGUUUGACCGAGUUAAUGUAUAAAGUUCUUGUAGUUUGCUGGCAA